AUGAUUAGGCAAUAUUGCCUGUUACAAAGGCCAGUGUUAUGGGCUUGUAGGGGCUAUGCGAGUAAAUCAAACGAGCUCCAGAAUCCUUCCAGAAAGAAGAAGACCAGACUCAAGCAAGAUGUCAAAAGACUACACAAAAGUAUUAGAUCAGGCCCAAAUAGAAAGAUAUAUCAAUAUUCCACGAACUUGCAAAAUGCGUCUAAGUACGAUCCAUUGCCCAAGUACUGUGCACCAAACUCGGAAAUCCCCGAUCUGUGCCAUAACCUUGAGAGGGUUCUAUUCUCGCCAGGUGUGCAUUAUAUGCAGGAUCCAAGAACAAGAAAAUACAAUUUCUCCUCUGACUUGAAGGAGAUACCCAGUAUAGAUGAUUUCAGAUUCGAUCUUAUAACUGGUUUUGUUCCGCCAAACAAAGACCCUUUGAUGGUGAAGAUAGGAGAGGAGAUCAAUGCGUCGUUGAAAGAAAACCAGAGAAACAUCAAGUAUUUCUCUUCUACUUCAUCGAUGACGACUACAUUAAAGCACUUUCAUAUGUUACUCAGUAAUUAUCGUCCAUGCCACACAAGCAAUUUCUCACAGGAGUUUUCAACGACGACAAUAUUCUCGAAAAGCAUGAAAUGUGCCGCUUUCACCGUGAUUGCACCCAAAGGCAGUGGGAUCCUAUCUGUGGACGCCGAUAGAUCUACGGAUACCGAAAUCGCACUUUCGUUGCUUGGGCAUGAACUCGAGCUCAUGUUGACCGCUGAAACAAAGGAGUUUGAGAAAUUCUUAAAAACCUCUGACUCAAAGGAAGCUCCGGCUCCUUUGCCCAACAAUUAUCAGUACGCCAGGAUCGGCAGUUUCUUGAUGAGAUCUCAAUCUGACGCCAAAAGUGACAAGCUGCCAGGCACAGGCAUUUUCGAUCUCAAAACCCGCGCCGUUUGUGCAGUGAGACAUGAUAUAAACUAUAAUAAUUAUCAUCUCACAAAUUAUGAGAUCACCAGAAGUACUGGACUCUAUGAAAGUUUUGAGCGUGAGCUGUUUGAUUUGGUUAGAACUGGUUUAUGGAAAUACAGCAUGCAAGCGCGCAUUGGUAACAUGGAUGGUAUUUUCAUCGCAUACCAUAAUAUGAGAAGAUUUUUCGGAUUCCAAUAUUUGCCUACAACAGAGAUAGACCAUAUAUUCCAUGGGUACGAUGGUCCCGGAAAGUCAAAACAAAAUUAUGAUGAUGUCGUUAACGAUUUUGGGAAUCAUUGGCAAACAAAAAGAGAAGCACUGUCAUCUUUUAUGGCCGACUUCGAAUUUCGUGUUUCGAUGGAGAUUUGGCAAACGGUUCUAGAUCUUAUCACAAAAGAAACGAACAGUAAGCCUUUCCGCUUGAUCACGAAAUGCGACAGAAACUUCCUUGGAACUUAUUUGGAUGUCAUUGCUACCGUCGUGGACGACGACAUGCUUAAGAACCUUAGUACCCUUGCCGAUGAUAUUGUAACACUUGACAAGGAGGAUUUGGCUGCCACUCAGAAAGACGAGCUGCCUAUGGAGCGCAUCAUUAGAAUGGCAGAGUCAAGAUCUCUCCAUCACAAGCGAAUGCUUUCCCUUAAUGAGGAAAUUCUUGGCUCCUGUCUUGAUGACCCAAGCAAAUGUCUGAUGUUCAGAAUCACAACUACACAUUAUUUCAAUGGGAAACUAUUCCGUGGCAAAUAUCCUACCCCCCCUCUUGAUAUUCUGGACAAACCUCAAGACAACAGCUGGGAAGUGAAAUAUCACAUCAACCGUAUUUUCAAUCCGAAGAAAAUUAAACAGUGUUACAACACUUAUGUUACCGAGGCUGCUUCGAAUUUGCAGGAUCAUCCUGUGAACCGCGAACACACUGAAAAGGCUUACAUGGACCAAAAUGCGUCUCAUUUACAGCGUCUUCUCCGUGCCUACAGUGCCAAGUCCGAAAAAAGAAAAAAGCUUUAUGGGGUUUAG